UAGGUUAGUGAAAAUGCCAGUCAGUCGAGUUAGUGUCGGUGACACGUCAAAAAAGGUUAUUUCGGUAUUCGAUAUUCAAAUUCUCCCAGAGGAUAGGGGACAGAAAUUUGGACAAAUGGAAGAAGAGGCCAGUGAACAGAUGCGACCCCUCUUGACAUCCGGGAACGAUGAUGAGGCGGUGGUGGACCUGGGGAAGACUAGCUCCACCAUUCACACCAACUUUGAGAAAGAGGAGCUAGAGAGUCACAGAGCGGUCUAUGUGGGUGUCCAUGUUCCUCUGGGCAGAGAGACCAAACGGAGGCACCACCGUGGCCACCGUGGCCACAGACACCACCGCAAGAGGAGAGACCGCUCGGACCAUGAAGAUGGACGAGAGUCUCCUUCCUAUGACACCCCGUCCCAGCGGGUCCAGUUCAUCCUGGGGACAGAGGAUGAUGAUGAAGAGCACAUGCCCCACGACCUGUUCACUGAGCUGGACGAGCUGUUCUUCCGGGACGGACACGUCUACGAGUGGAGGGAGACAGCCAGGUGGUUAAAGUUUGAGGAAGACGUGGAGGAUGGAGGGGAGCGUUGGAGUAAGCCCUACGUAGCCACGCUGUCUCUCCACAGCCUCUUCGAGCUCCGCAGCUGCAUCCUCAACGGCACUGUCAUGUUGGACAUGAGAGCUAACACUAUUGAGGAGAUCGCAGACAUGGUGAUAGACAGCAUGGUGGCGUCAGCUCAGCUGGAGGAGGAGUUGAGGCAGAAGGUGAGGGAGGCCAUGUUGAAGAGACACCACCACCAGAACGAGAAGAAGCUCAGCAACCGCAUCCCUCUGGUGCGCUCCUUCGCUGACAUCGGCAAGAAACAAUCUGACCCACACCUGCUUGAGAGAAACGGCCUCCUGGCAUCCCCCCAGUCAGCUCCUGGGAACCUGGAGAACAGUAAACCGAGUGAGAGCCGCAUCAACGGAGGAAGCAGAGAGAACAGCACUGUGGACUUCAGCAAGGUGGACAUGAACUUCAUGAAGAAGAUCCCUCCUGGGGCGGAGGCGUCCAACGUGCUGGUGGGAGAGGUGGAAUUCCUGGAGCGACCAAUCAUAGCAUUCAUCAGGCUGUCCCCCGCCGUGCUGCUCACUGGUCUCACUGAGGUGCCUGUACCCACCAGGUUCCUGUUCCUGCUGCUGGGUCCGUUUGGGAAGGGUCCUCAGUACCAUGAGAUCGGCCGCUCCAUCGCCACGCUGAUGACAGACGAGGUCUUCCAUGAUGUAGCGUACAAGGCCAAAGACCGGAACGAUCUGCUGUCGGGGAUAGAUGAGUUUCUGGACCAGGUGACCGUCCUACCCCCAGGAGAGUGGGACCCCACGAUACGAAUCGAGCCCCCCAAGAGUGUCCCAUCUCAGGACAAGAGGAAGACGCCCUCAUUGCCCAACGGCUCUGCCCAUAAUGAGUCCUUCAAGGAAGACCAGCACCAAGCAGGACCAGAGCUACAGAGGACAGGGAGGAUCUUUGGGGGCCUGGUGAUGGAUGUAAGGAGGAAAGCUCCGUUCCUAUGGAGCGAUAUUAGGGAUGCUCUGAGCCUGCAGUGCCUGGCCUCUGUGCUGUUCCUCUACUGCGCCUGCAUGUCCCCUGUCAUCACUUUCGGAGGCCUGCUGGGCGAGGCCACCAAAGGAAACAUUAGUGCGAUCGAGUCGUUGUUCGGGGCGUCUCUGACGGGCGUGGCCUUCUCCAUGUUUGCGGGCCAGCCACUCACCAUCCUGGGCAGCACCGGACCAGUCCUGGUCUUUGAGAAGAUCCUCUUCAAGUUCUGCAGUGACUACGACCUGUCCUACCUGUCCUUGAGGACCAGCAUCGGCCUGUGGACGGCCUUCCUGUGCCUCGUCCUGGUUGCCACGGACGCCAGCUCCCUGGUCUGUUACAUCACCCGCUUCACGGAGGAAGCCUUCGCAGCGCUCAUCUGCAUCAUCUUCAUCUACGAGGCCCUGGAGAAGCUGGUUCACCUGGGGGAACUCUACCCCAUCAACAUGAACAACAAGCUGGACAACCUCACCUUCUACAUAUGUCAAUGUUCUCCGCCGGUUAACGCCACGCCUGAGAUCCAGCAGGUCUGGAACCACAGCGGGGUCACACCGGAAUCAAUAUCUUGGACCCAACUGGAUGUUGAUGAGUGUUCUAGGCUGCGUGGGGAGUUUAUUGGGCCAGCUUGCGGUCAACAUGGUCCCUACAUCCCUGACGUCCUCUUCUGGUCCGUCAUCCUCUUCUUCACUACCUUCUUCCUCUCCUCCUUCCUCAAGCAGUUCAAGACCAAGCUCUACUUUCCCACCAAGGUACGGUCGACCAUCAGUGACUUCGCGGUCUUCCUGACCAUCAUGAUCAUGGUCCUGGUGGACUACCUGGUGGGCAUUCCCUCCCCCAAACUGAAUGUGCCUGACCGCUUUCAGCCCACGUCUGAGAACCGUGGCUGGCUGAUCUCCCCGCUGGGGACCAACCCCUGGUGGACCAUGCUGGCUGCAGCCAUCCCUGCCCUACUCUGCACCAUCCUCAUCUUCAUGGACCAACAGAUCACCGCCGUCAUCAUCAACAGGAAGGAGCACAAACUCAAGAAAGGCUGUGGCUACCACCUGGAUCUUCUGGUGGUGUCUGUGAUGCUGGGGGUGUGCUCCAUCAUGGGCCUGCCCUGGUUUGUAGCGGCCACCGUGCUCUCCAUCUCCCACGUCAACAGUCUGAAGCUGGAGUCAGAGUGCUCGGCCCCUGGGGAACAGCCCAAGUUCCUGGGGAUCAGAGAGCAGAGGGUCACCAGCUUCAUGAUCUUCAUCCUCAUGGGCUGCUCUGUCUUCAUGACCUCGGUGCUCAAGUUCAUCCCUAUGCCAGUCCUCUACGGGGUGUUUCUCUACAUGGGUGUGUCCUCACUCAAAGGCAUCCAGUUCUUUGACCGUAUCAAGCUGUUCUGCAUGCCAGCUAAGCACCAGCCUGACCUGAUCUACCUGCGCUACGUUCCCCUGUGGAAGGUCCAUGUGUUCACCCUGGUGCAGCUCACCUGCCUGGUGCUGCUGUGGGUCAUCAAGGCGUCUGCCGCCGCCGUCGUCUUCCCCAUGAUGGUGUUGGCCCUGGUGUUUAUACGGAAGCUGCUGGACCUAUGUUUCACCAACAGGGAGCUGAGCUGGUUGGACGACCUGAUGCCUGAGAGCAAGAAGAAGAAGGAGGACGACAAGAAGAAGAAAGCCAAGGAGGAGGCCCAGCGCAUGCUGGGCGUGGAAGAGGGCAUAGCACACCCCUGCGACGGGCCGGGCAUCCUCAAGACCCUCAAAGUCAGUUUGGACCCCUCUAUGGUAAACAUUUCUGAUGAAAUGGCCAAAACUGCCAAUUGGAAGUCUGUCUCCAUGAACUCUGACAGUGCCAAAGCUCUGAAGCAUAGUGGCAGCCAGGCGAAGGUGUCCUGUGUGAAGAUACACUUGGAGAAUGACCAGGGGGAGAAGUAUGGGGAUGCUGAGACCUCCUUAUGAAGGAGGGACGGGAGGAGCAGGGAGGGGGCCACUUCAGCCUCUAGCCCACCAGGUGGCGUUGUCCUCCUGUCCUCCCACACAGCAGGGGGCAGUGUCCUUCAUGGCCCUGGCCGUUGCCCUAACAGCCGCUACCAUACCAAUGCCAAGGGGGCACACAAAGACACAACCACUUCUACUUAGCCAUGUUUCUUUAGUUCUUAUUGUGAAAUUAGUCCGAGGGAAAUUUGUCUUUUAAUUUUAUCAUCGUUUUAAGGUGAAAAAAACAUUAACUUUAGAUUCAGGUGUGUCUUUUUAAGGAACCACUUGGUCUUCUUGGAAUGACUUUCAUCAGGCUUUUUACCAACAUAUCCAUAGUCUCUGGGAUAGGGUGUACAGUCUGUCCUCGUAACACUUACUUCGAGGGCAAUGCAUUAUGAAUGCAUGUAGUGGCCUCUAUCGCCCUUAGUGCAUUAUAUUAGAAGAGUUGCUGUAAGCAUUUCAAACUUGUCAAGACUGUCCCCAGGUGGUUUAUAGGAAGCAGUAGGCCUAACAGCAGUCCAAGCACCCCGGGUGGCUUGACCACAACGACGGCUACUACUCACAGCACUCUAUCUGGCCCACUCUGAACAAUAGACACUUUCUGUUUGAGAAAGCAGGUGACGCUCAACAAAAGGUCCAAAUACAUUUGGAGCACCUAUUAGAUUUAAUGGUGUGUGUGUGUGUGUGUGUGUGUGUGGGGGGGCACAUGGGUGUGUGUACAAGUGUAAGAAACUUAAGAGCAGCUUAAGAUGUCUUUUCACAAUAUCAUGUGUACAAUGUGCUGUUGAUUCAGAUUAUCAGUCACAGUAGGUUGAAAGACUGAGUAUGUUCUGUCAAAGUGAACAUGACAGACCACAGCAUAGACCAUAGUUUGCAGAAUAUUUCUUGAAUUAAUUGGCAAACAUCUCUUACUAAUCUUAAACAAUCCCAAAUUGGAAGCGGACUAUAAUAAGAUAACGUUUCAAAAACAAAAUGUUCUCACAUUUCUCGAUUGAGCGGUCUUGUUAUUUUGGAGUAAUGGUGAGGGUAUUGCCUGCAGUGUCCAUACAUACAUAAUCGUGGACUUGAAAGGAAGAAAAUAUGUAUAGAGUAAGUCUAUGGAGGUUUCUAAAACUGCUGCCUUCUUUAGGGCAGGUUUAAAGCUGUUCAAUAGUGUUACUGUACAUGGCUGUGGUAGCCGGGGUUUCAUCUAGUGUAGUGCACCUGCACCAAGGAAGUCUUACCAGAGCUGUAGCCUCCCUUGGUUAUGAUGACGAGGGGAAACCCACUUUUAUCCAUUUAAACGGUUUACAUCCAAUGGAAUAUUUUCUGUUAUGGGGUAUAUAUUUUAGAUUGUCUAUAUAUAUAUUUUUUAUCAUUAUUAUCUAUAUCAUUACAAAAUGUAAUGCAUUUAAUUUAUUUUGAGUGGGUCAACGUUGCAGAGUUUGGGGGGGGGGCAGGAGGAGGGAGCAGUGUCGUUUGUUGCUGGCCGGUAAUUAAUGUUCUUUAUUUCCUGUCUUUAUAUCUGUGCACUUUAGAUACGCCUGCUGCACAACGAGAGGGGUGGGCAGGCUACAUGUACCUUUUUAUAUACAUGUAUCUAUUUAGAUCAGUCUCAGGAACCAAUGGGCUCAAUGAGGCCCUUGUCUCUCUUUCUCACCAUCUCUGUCAGUCUUUCUUUCUCUCCCUUUCUCCCUGUCACUCUCUUUCUGUGUCUUUUGUCUCUCUCUCGGCCUCUCCCUCUCUCUCUGUGUUGUCUCUCUGUUGUCUCUCUCUCCCUCUCUGUGUUCUCUCGCUCCCUCUCUGUGUUGUCUCUCUCCCCGUCUCUCUGUUCUCUGUCUCUGUGUUGUCUCUCCCUUUCUCUCUCUGUUCUCUCUGUCUCUGUGCGUUGUCUCACUUUCACUCUGUUGCUCACUGACUGACUCCCUCAUUGUCAAUCCACUUGUGUUGCUAGAAGAUGUUGCUGUGUGUUUCUCUGCCCCUCCCUUUCAGCUGUAAACCCUUUUUACCUAUUUGACACUGGACAACACUGUGAUAGGUGGGUUUCUCUGUGCUCUUCUUUUAUUGGCUAUUCUGUUGUAGGCAGUUUUGUAAAGAAAAAUUCUUAAUUUUGUCCCAUGGAUUUACUGUUAAUGAAUAGCAAUGCUUUUGGUUGAUUAUCCGAUAUGUAUACUGUUACAGGAGUCCUACUGGGAAAGGCAUCAGUCUGUUGUUCAUGGCUCUGUGAUUGAGUUUAAUUCAUGAGUUUGAAUUAUGUGAUUGAAUUAGUUUUAUUUAAAUCUAUAGUGUUAUACAAAUCUGGAAGGAAGGUUAUGAAACUUUGGGUGUAAGUCGUACGGGGGGCAAGAAUUUGUUUUGACUUCAAUAAAGAGGAGACUCCUCAAGUUCAAUAACUGACUGACCACUUCCAUCUGAACACCUUGAUGAAAACAAACCGUCAUCUGUUUUAGCAGCUGUUUUGCCCUCUGGGUCAAUUAUGGGCCCCAUACUAUGAAUGUUGGAAAUUGACGUACGUUCUCUUUCCUUCUGACUUUGUGCUUACCAGUGGUGUAAAAAUACUUUUAAAUAUUACUUAAGUCAUUUUUGGGGUAUCUAUACUUUUCUUUACUAGUUAUAUUUUUGACAACUUUUACUUCACUACAUUCCUAAAGAAAAUAAUGUACUUUUUACUCCAUACCUUUUCCCUGACACCCAAAAGUACUUGUUACAUUUUGAAUGCUUAGCAGAACAGAAAAGGGUUAAAUUCACACACUUAUCAAGAGAACAUCCCUACUGCCUCUGAUCUGGCGGACUCACUAAACACACAUUCUUAAUUUGUAAAUGAUGUCUGAGUGUUGGCGUGUGGCCUGGCUAUCCGUAAAUUUAAAAACAAGAAUUGUACUGUCUGGUUUACUUAAUAUAAGGAACUUUAAAUUAGUCUUACUUUUGCUUUGAUACUUAAGUAUAUUUUAGCAAUUACAUUUACUUUUGAUACUUAAGUAUAUUUUAAAACCAAAAUUUAAACUUUUACUCAAGUAGUAUUUUACUAGGUGACUUUUACUUGAGUCAUUUUCUAUUAAGAUAACUUUACUUUUACUCAAGUAUGACAUUUGGGUACUUUUUCCCAUCAUUGGCGUUGCCUUGGUGUGCAUUAUCUCUUGGUAGUUGAGUACUUAAGCAGGCUGGGACUAGGAAACGUGGCCUACUGGGGAGCUUGUUAAGAGCAGUCCGAGGUGCAUUUUUCUCCGUAUCUAACCUACGCUGUACAACAAUAGAACACAGAAUCAACUGUCAUAGUACUGCUAUGUGAAACUCCUAAACCAGUGAGGAUCACUGAGGACAGGCGAUCGUUCAGCACCAUGUGACUAGACAUUUCAGUCCCCUAUAAAGUGGCUUGGAUUGGCCUCAUGUUGCCAUUCGGUUUGAUAUCAGUGAAGUUUUUAAUGAAUUGUUCUUAAACUGUACAAUGAAUGGUAUCUGUACUAUUCUUAUGAGGUUGGGAUGGCGGGAACCGGGGGAUAAUGCAAAUGAACCCUUGAAUUUUUUUGUAAUGGAAAUGAAGUUGUUGAAGGAAAGCAAUAAAGGUUACUACAUUGUA